AUGGGGCAUCGCAGCCAGAAGCCGCCGGCAGCCACCCCUACCCGCCAGCACCACGUCCGCGCCUGGAUGCCCGGCGCCGGGAUCCUGGACGCGGGCACCGCUGCGCAGAGCGGGGUGGGCCUGGCUCGUGCCCACUUCGAGAAGCAGCCGCCCUCGAACCUGCGCAAGUCGAACUUCUUCCACUUCGUGCUGGCCAUGUACGACCGGCAGGGGCAGCCCGUGGAGAUCGAGCGCACCUCCUUCAUCGACUUCGUGGAGAAGGACCGGGAGCAGAAUGGUGAGAAAACCAACAACGGGAUCCACUACCGGCUCCAGCUGCUCUACAGCAACGGUGAGGGGGAGCCCGCGGGCCGGGGCUGGGGGCACCGGCAGGGCUGGGGGCAGGGGGCCAUCAUCUACGAGGGGCAGGACAAGAACCCCGAGAUGUGCCGCGUGCUGCUGACCCACGAGAUCAUGUGCAGCCGCUGCUGCGACAAGAAGAGCUGCGGGAACCGCAACGAGACGCCCUCCGACCCCGUCAUCAUCGACAGGUUCUUCCUCAAGUUCUUCCUCAAGUGCAACCAGAACUGCCUGAAGAACGCUGGCAACCCCCGCGACAUGCGGCGCUUCCAGGUGGUGGUGUCCACAACAGUGAACGUGGAUGGCCACGUCCUGGCCGUGUCCGACAACAUGUUCGUGCACAACAACUCCAAGCACGGGCGGCGGGCGCGGCGCCUUGACCCCUCCGAGGCUGCCACGCCCUGCAUCAAGGCCAUCAGCCCCAGCGAGGGCUGGACCACGGGCGGCGCCACCGUCAUCGUCAUUGGAGACAACUUCUUCGACGGCCUCCAGGUCGUGUUCGGCACCAUGCUGGUGUGGAGCGAGCUGAUCACACCCCACGCCAUCCGCGUGCAGACGCCGCCGCGCCACAUCCCGGGCGUGGUGGAGGUGACGCUGUCCUACAAGUCGAAGCAGUUCUGCAAGGGGGCGCCCGGACGCUUCGUCUACACCGCGCUCAACGAGCCGACCAUCGACUACGGGUUCCAGCGCCUGCAGAAGGUCAUCCCCCGGCACCCCGGGGACCCCGAACGCCUGCCCAAGGAGCCAGAGCCCGGCGUGGCAUGGGAGCUGUGUCUUGAGUCACAGAGCGCGGCGGAGGCCGGCGGGGGCGGAGGCCAGGCCCUGCAGGCAAGGCAGGAGGGCCAGGGCUGGCGCCAGGUGCAGGGCGAAGAGGAGCGUGGCCGGCAGCAGCUGGGUGAGGAGCACAUGCCCGGCGCCCGCCGCGGCCUGCAAGAAGAGCACUCCAGUCUCUGCCAGGGCGCACAGCAUCGUCACCCCGGCCAGCACCUCCAGGAGCCACCGCAGGAUGGCACCCGUGCCCAUGCCUCUCCCGCUGCCGGCACCCUGUAG